GUGGGCCUGCCUACCUCCCAGUCUCCUGUUUGUCUUGCCCCCUUUGAAGGAUGAGUAACUGAAUCAUGUGGGCCUGCCUGGCGGUUUCUUUAAACAGGCAGUGAUUUCUCAAGGAAUUUAAAAGCAACUGUCCUAGGAAAAGCCCCAAAUCAGAAAGUUAAAGGAUCACUCUAUUUAUUGUUUUUAAAGUCCUAAGGACCCAUCUCCUAAAGUGCUUAAAGAAAAUUUGACAACAUGGCUUCCCCACCGCACCAGCAGUUACUGCAUCACCACAGCACUGAGGUGAGCUGUGACUCCAGUGGAGACAGUAACAGUGUGAUGGUCAGAAUCAACCCCAAACAGCACCAGGGUUGCUCCUCUUCCAAGCAUUGCAAGUACAGCAUCUCCUCCAGCUGUAGCAGCUCUGGGGAGUCAGGAGGUGCCCGCAGAGCAACAGGAGGAGGGGGAAGCAGUGGUGCAGGUUUGCGCAAGAAGAAGCUGCCGCAGCUUUUUGAGAGAGCCUCCUCCAGGUGGUGGAACCCCAAGUUCGACUCCAACAACCUGGAAGAGGCCUGUAUGGAGAGAUGCUUUCCGCAGACCCAGCGUAGGUUUCGCUAUGCCCUUUUCUACAUAGGUGUGGCCUGUCUCCUCUGGGGUAUAUAUUUUGGAAUCCACAUGAGAGAGAAACUGAUUGUCUUCAUGGUGCCAGCUCUGUGCUUCCUCUUAGUAUGUGUAGCAUUUUUUCUGUUCACUUUCACUAAGACCUAUGCCCAGCAUUAUGUGUGGACCUCACUGAUCCUCACCCUCCUGGUUUUUAUUUUGACUCUGGCUCCACAGUUCCAAGUUUUGACACCUAUCUCAGGAAGUGAUGACACAUCCAAUCAUACUUCCCCUGUGAGAGCCACAGACACUUGCCUUUCUCAAGUAGGCAGUUUUUCUAUGUGUGUUGAAGUGCUCUUGUUGCUCUACACAGUAAUGCACUUACCUUUGUAUUUAAGCUUGUUUCUGGGACUAUCCUACUCAGUCCUUUUUGAAACCUUCGGUUAUCAUUUCAGUGAUGAGGACUGCUUUGCACCCCUUGGAGCCAGUGUAAUUUACUGGGAACUGCUGAGUAAAGCCUUGCUUCACAUCUGUAUCCAUGCUAUUGGUAUUCAUUUAUUUAUCAUGUCUGAAGUCAGAUCAAGGAGCACAUUCUUGAAAGUGGGGCAAUCAAUCAUGCAUGGAAAAGAUUUGGAAGUGGAAAAAGCACUGAAAGAGAGGAUGAUUCAUUCUGUGAUGCCAAGAAUAAUAGCUGAUGACUUAAUGAAACAGGGGGAUGAUGAAAGUGAGAACUCAGUCAAACGUCAUUCCACCUCAAGCCCCAAAAACAGGAAGAAAAAACCCUCCAUACAGAAAACCCCCAUUAUAUUCCGUCCUUUUAAAAUGCAGCAGAUUGAACAAGUGAGUAUUUUGUUUGCGGAUAUUGUUGGCUUUACUAAAAUGAGUGCAAACAAAUCUGCCCAUGCAUUGGUGGGGCUUUUGAACGAUCUGUUUGGCCGCUUUGACCGUCUGUGUGAGGACACCAAAUGUGAGAAGAUAAGUACUUUGGGAGACUGUUAUUAUUGUGUAGCAGGAUGCCCAGAGCCCCGAGCGGAUCAUGCCUAUUGCUGCAUUGAGAUGGGUUUGGGUAUGAUUAAAGCCAUAGAGCAGUUUUGCCAAGAGAAAAAAGAAAUGGUGAACAUGAGAGUUGGAGUUCACACUGGGACAGUCCUUUGUGGCAUUUUGGGGAUGAGGAGGUUUAAGUUUGAUGUGUGGUCCAAUGAUGUCAACUUGGCCAAUCUAAUGGAGCAGUUGGGAGUGGCUGGAAAGGUCCAUAUUUCGGAAGCUACUGCCAAAUAUUUGGAUGACCGUUACGAAAUGGAGGAUGGAAAGGUGAUUGAACGAGUUGGCCAGAGUGUGGUAGCUGACCAGUUAAAAGGUUUGAAGACUUACCUGAUAUCUGGUCAGAAAGUGAAGGAGUCCCAUUGCAGCUGUUCACAGGCAUUGGUUACUGAUCUGGAGGUAGGAGACGGAGCCAACAUACAGGGAGCGUCAUCAGCUGAGAAUAUUGGUGACUUGGCAAAGACUCACAAACACUCUGAGAAACCCAAGACGUGUCCUUCAUGUAGUGUUACAUUUGCUCCCAACAGUGAUGUCAGUAUAGAGGAAGGAGCUAUCCAAAAUGGCUGUCAGGAUGAACAUAAAAACAAUACCAAGACUCCUGGACGACGCAGUCCAAAGACCCAGAAUGGACUUUUGCGUCCUCCACGGGACGAGAAGCUGAGCAACAGCCAGACAUCACUUUAUGAGAUGUUGCAGGAGAAAGGAAGAUGGGUAGGAGUGAGUUUGGACCAGUCGGCACUCCUUCCACUGAGGUUCAAAAACAUCAGAGAGAAGACAGAUGCUCAUUUUGUGGAUGUGAUUAAAGAAGACAGCCUGAUGAAAGACUAUUUCUUUAAACCACCAAUUAACAAGUUGAGCCUGAACUUCCUGGAUGGGGACUUGGAGAUGGCUUACAGGACCAGCUAUCAGGAAGAGGUUAUAAAGAAUGCUCCUGUGAAGACGUUUGCCAGUGCUACCUUCAGUUCACUCCUGGAUGUGUUCCUGUCCACCACAGUCUUCCUCAUACUCUCGAUCACCUGUUUCCUGAAACAUGGGAUGGCCCUAUCCCCUCCCCCACCUGCAGCAGUUGUGGUGUUCAUCAUUGCCAUCCUGCUAGAGGUGCUGUCUCUUAUCGUCUCAAUUAGAAUGGCAUUCUUUCUGGAGGAGGUGAUGAUUUGUACUAAGCGCCUGCUGGAGGUGAUUGCUGGCUGGCUGCCUCGACAUUUCAUCGGUGCAAUCCUAGUUUCCCUCCCGGCUCUUGCAGUUUUUUCACAUUUCACCUCUGACUUUGAAACCAACAUACAUUAUACCAUGUUUAUGUGUUGUGCGAUUCUCAUCACCAUUGUCCAGUACUGUAACUUCUGCCAGCUGAGCUCCUGGAUGAGAUCAUCAUUGGCCACUAUUGUAGGAGUGGUGCUCCUCAUCUUGCUCUACAUCUCUUUAUGUCCAGACAGCUCCACUGAAACUUCCCACCUAGAUUCAGUACAGAACUUUAGCUCUAGGAAGAAUCCAUGCAACAGUUCAGUGCUAAAUGAUAUAAACAAACCAGCAGACCGGAUUGGCCAGGAAGUGAUACUGGUUUUCUUUCUCCUACUCCUUUUGGUUUGGUUUCUGAAUCGUGAAUUUGAAGUCAGUUACCGCCUCCACUACAAUGGAGAUGUAGAGGCUGAUCUUCACCGCACCAAAAUUCAGAGCAUGAGGGAUCAAGCUGACUGGUUGCUGAGGAAUAUUAUUCCAUAUCAUGUGGCGGAGCAGUUGAAGGUUUCCCAGAGCUACUCCAAAAACCAUGAUAAUGGUGGAGUGAUCUUUGCUAGCAUUGUGAACUUCAGUGAAUUCUAUGAAGAGAAUUAUGAGGGGGGCAAGGAAUGCUAUCGAGUCCUAAAUGAAUUGAUUGGGGACUUUGAUGAGUUGCUCAGCAAACCACAUUACAGCAGCAUUGAGAAAAUCAAAACAAUUGGGGCAACCUACAUGGCUGCCUCUGGACUGAACACCGCACAAUGUCAGGACAAUAACCAUCCACAUGGACAUUUGCAAACCCUUUUUGAAUUUGCCAAAGAAAUGAUGCGAGUGGUGGAUGACUUCAACAACAAUAUGCUGUGGUUUAAUUUUAAACUUCGUGUUGGCUUUAACCAUGGCCCUCUCACUGCUGGGGUCAUAGGCACCACCAAGUUAUUGUAUGACAUUUGGGGUGAUACCGUGAACAUUGCUAGCAGGAUGGACACUACUGGCGUGGAGUGCCGGAUACAGGUGAGUGAGGAGAGCUACCGUAUCCUAAAUAAGAUGGGAUAUGACUUUGAUUAUAGGGGGACAGUCAACGUGAAGGGGAAAGGUCAGAUGAAAACCUACCUUUACCCAAAAUGCAUGGACAAUGGGGUUGUGCCACAUCACCAGUUAUCUAUAUCUCCAGACAUCCGGGUUCAAGUGGAUGGCAGCAUUGGGCGGUCUCCUACCGAUGAGAUUGCCAAUCUGGUGCCUUCUGUACAGAAUUCUGACAAGACAUCCCAGGGCUCAGAUAACAACUUAGAACCCAAGGAUAUGCUUCCAUCCUACAAGAAGCUCCAAAAAGAGUCAGUGAAAGCAGAAGACAGGUGCAGGUUUGGCAAAGCUGUAAAGAAUGAUUGUGAGGAAGCAGAAACUGAGGAGGUCAAUGAACUGACAAAGUUAAAUAUCUCUAAGAGUGUAUGA